AUGACAAACACCUGUUUUUCUGGGCCCUGUGUUCCCACAGCCUCAGCCAUCUCUGUCUGCUCCAGUGACAUAAGAUGUGGCAGCAACAUCUGCCUGCCCAGUUCAUGGACAGGCUCCUCCUGGCAGCUGGAUGACUGCCCAGAGAGCUGUUGUGAGCCCAGCAGCUGCAGCCCCUCCUGCUGCCCAGCCCCGUGCUGCACACCAGCCUCCUGUCUGACCCUGCUGUGCCGCCCAGUCUGUUGUGUGUCGGCCACCUGCCAGCCAGCCUGUGAACUCAGCCCCUGCCAGUCUGUCUGCACCUCCUCCUGCUCGCCAUCAUGCUCCCAGCUGUCCUGCUGCCAAGGCCCUAGCUGUGCUGCCCCUCCCUGUGUGGUGCAGUCCUGCUCCUCUGUCCCACUCUGCUGCAAGCCCAGCUGCCACAUCACCCUGCCUGUGUGCUGCAAGCCCAGCUGCUGUGUGACCACAGCCUGUUGUCCAGCCUCCUCCUGCUGCCAACCCAGCUGCUGCCACCCUGCCUCCUGUGUGUCCCUCAUCUGCAGGCCUGUGUGCAGCCCAGCCACCUGCUGUGUGCCUCUCUCCUGCAGACCCGCUUAUUGCACCUCCUCCUCAUCCUCAUCCUCCUCCUCCUCCUCCUCCUCUUCCUCUUCUCACUGCAGCUGCUUUGCACCCUCCUGCUGUCCAGCCAUCUUCUGCCGCCCUGCCUCCUAUGUGUCCCUCAUGUAUCGGCCUGUGUGUAGCCCUUCUGCCUGUUGUGCGCCUCUCUCCUGCAGACCCUCCUGCUGCACCACCACAUCCUCCUCCUCUUGCUGCUGUGCACCCUCCCUCUGUCCAGCCCCCACCAGCUGCCGCCCUUCCUCCUCUGUGUCCCUAAUCUGCCGGCCCACCUGCUGCAAACCCACCUGCUGCACUACCACCUGUGGUCAAAAAUCUUGCUCUUGA